AUUGAAUUCUGCUGUCUUACUAAAACACAGGCAGUCGUCAUUUACAAACAUUCCCUUCAACGAAUCACACGUUCUACCGAUAAGUUGUAGAUAAAUAUCACAAGACAAUGAGUCAAGAAAAUGGAGAACAAGCCGCGACUGAUGAAGGAGCUCCUCCAUUACCGCAAUCACCAGAAAACGUUGCGGAAAAUGUGAAAGAAACCGAAGAGGUUCAAAAGUCACCGUCACCCAUGUCCCAGGGCUGCAGAAGUUCGAGGAUUUUAAAUCGGGAACGUAAAUGUAAGGAACCAGAAGCCCAAGCGUCGAAAUCAGUGAAUGUGAGAAAAUGCAAAAGGACAAGGAUCCAUAAAUCGAAAAGGACUUUCUACGAAGAUCGCGCGGUCAACUGUAGCAAGUGCGGAACAUCCACGAUCUUUUUCCCUGCCCGCACCAAGUUUUUCUCAUGUGCCGAGAUAGAUGGUCGACUGUUUAAGGUGAAACGGAUCUCGGCCAGUAAGGUACUGGGUGGUGCCUACCGUAAGCUAUCAAUGAAGCGGUCUAAAUUAGACUGUUAAAAAUUGUUGUCUACGUUCAGGAAACAAGCGUACAAAAUUUACUUGAAAUGAAUAAUUAUCUAAAUUAUUCGUAAAAUAAAUGUACAACUUUCAAUCAGAGA